CCCCUCAUUACAAUGAUAAAAGGGGGCGGUGUGGAAAGACUCUAAGCGGAUCCUGCAGUGUUUUGUGCGGCUGUGCGUGUGCGCGUGCGUAUAGAGGGGAGUGAGAAAGACACAGAGAGGACGGCGCUCCUUGUCGCCCAACUGGCUAGUAGUCUGUUAUUGUCCCAGAGCGCGGCUUUCUGCAGCUUUCUGGUUGGAAUACACUGAGAUACUCCAACGCCGAUCAUCCGACAUGGGGAAGGUGGAAGGAGGAAUGAAAUGCGUGAAAUACCUUCUGUUCGUGUUCAACUUCAUCUUCUGGUUAAUGGGAUCCUUCGUGCUCGCAGUUGGACUGUGGCUUCGUUUUGACCCACAAACUGUUUCUCUGCUCAAUGACAGCAAGGCUCCAGACACCUUUUUCAUUGGUGUGUACAUUCUGAUUGGUGCUGGCAGUUUGGUGAUGAUGGUUGGUUUCUUCGGAUGUUGUGGAGCUGUCAGGGAGUCUCAGUGCCUGCUGGGCUCAUUCUUCGCGUGUCUGUUGAUCAUCUUUGGGUCUGAAGUGGCUGCUGGGGUGUUUGCUUUCCUCAGUAAAGAGAAGAUCAUUAAGGAUAUUCAGAGCUUCUACAAAGAUGCCUACGAAACGAACAACACAGCAGUCUUGACCUUUCACAAUGCGCUGAAAUGUUGUGGAACUACACAAAGUCCGUGUCCAGAGGUGACAUCGAAUACAAAGAACUGUGAGGCAGAAAUUAACGAGUUCUUCAGCAAUAAACUCUACAUUAUUGGCUAUGUGGGCAUCGCCAUCGCUGGAGUCAUGAUCAUCGGGAUGAUUUUCAGCAUGGUGCUCUGCUGUGCCAUUCGCAACAGCAGGGAGGUCAUCUGAGCCGGGUUAUUGCCCCCCAUUUCUCUCAAUAGACUUGGAAUAAAACAUCAGUUCUUGUCAGAAAUCAUAACAGGGACCAAGGAAAUUUAAGAACAGAAUUCCUCUUUUUUUACCGUUCAGCUUUCUCCUGAUUCCUUCAUUUCAUUUUUUUCUCCUGUUUUCAGUUUUCAGUGUCCAAUACUGUUACUGUGUAGGACUUUCCCAUCCUGACGGGGAACUCUUUAGUUUAUCUUGACCUGACAUUCUGUCAAAUAAUUCUUCCUCGCUGCCAUUUGGACAACACUAGAAUCUUCACCCACAUGCUGUUACAGCAGCUUUUUCACACGGCUUUGACACUGACCCCUAGUCGGUGGGAAAAUUGCACCUGAGGUCCAAAAAAAAAAAAAAUUUGCAACACACAGCGGUGC